CUCUCUCUCUCUCUCUCUCUCUCUCUCUCUCUCUCUCUCAUCUGUUAGUUCUCUCCACCUCACUGGUUGCUCUCUUUCUUCUCUACACUUCUGCGGGAUCACUGUGCACUCCGCACUAGCGCUGCUGUACACUCGAAACGCGAGCUCGUGAUGCUGUAACUACAUAAUCAUGCCGGUUGUACCGUUUAUAUAAUUUAUUACUUUUUGUUUCCGCCGUACUAAAUGCGUAAACUCGCAGUAGUUUAAAACUAAAAGACACAUUCUCGUUGUUGCCGUGAUGUGGGCAACACCGAGGAGGACGCGGUCGGAGUCGAGCGAAGACGCGGAGAUCGUGGUGAACGUGGGCGGCGCGAGACACGUCCUGUGCGCCAGCGUGCUCGAGCGCUACCCAGCCACGCGCCUCUCGCACCUCGCCGAGCGCGCCGCGGAGAGCUCGUGCGAUCUUUCGCGAUUCUGCGACGACUACGACGCGGCGACGCAAGAGUUCUUCUUCGAUCGCGACCCAGAUGCGUUCAGAUGCAUCGCCGAGGUGUAUCAAUAUGGCGAGGUGCACAUGGCCAGGGGCACGUGCCCGGUACGCUUCAGCAAGGAGAUGGAGUUCUGGGGAGUGGACAUGGACCUGCUCGACGAGUGCUGCAAGAGCAAUCUAAAGGAAGCAGAGGACGAGCUGUCUGAGAUCGCAGAGAAGGUCCGCGCCAUUCUGGACGACAUGGAGGGAAGCCCUUCGAGCGGAAAGUGCAGGGCAUUCCUGUGGAGGCUCAUGGAGAAACCGGAGUCUUCCUGGGCAGCACGCACUGUUGCCCUUCUAUCGUUUCUCUUCGUGCUCCUUUCAUCUGUGGUGAUGUGUGUGGGCACUGUACCUGAGCUGCAUGAGCAAGAUGAUGAUGGAAAUCGGGUUGAGAAUCCAAGCCUGGAAGCCAUAGAGACAGCCUGCAUCAUUUGGUUCACGGUGGAGUAUGUGCUGCGGUUAGCUGCAGCGCCCAGCAAGUUACAUUUUGCAAUCUCCUUUAUGAACGUGGUGGACUUUCUGGCUAUUGCACCUUUCUACUUGCUCCUGCUGCUGUCAUACCUUGGCACUGCUGUGUUGCAGCUGGCCACCGUGCAGCAGGCAGUGCAGGCUCUCCGUGUAAUGCGUGUGGCACGUGUUCUCAAGCUGGCACGCCACUCCUCAGGCCUGCAGACUCUCACCUACGCACUCAGGAGUAGCUGCAAGGAGCUUGGCCUGCUGCUCAUGUACAUGGGCAUAGGCAUCUUCCUAUUCUCAGCACUUGGCUACACGUUGGAGCAGAGCCAUCCAGAGACCAUGUUCACCAGCAUUCCACAGUCCUUCUGGUGGGCCAUUAUUACCAUGACCACAGUGGGUUACGGUGAUAUUUACCCUAAGACCACACUGGGCCGGUGCAAUGCUGCUGUCAGCUUCCUGUGUGGUGUCAUCGCCAUUGCGCUGCCCAUACACCCCAUCAUCAACAACUUUGUCAUCUUCUACAGCAAGCAGCGUGUGCUUGAAACCGCCGCUAAGCAUGAGAUAGAACUUAUGGAGCUGCGGUCCAAGGAAGGAGAGCCUGUGAAUGCUGCUGGUUUGGAAUUCCAGAGUUCAAGUCAAUUGAUGGGUGAUCGAGUGGUGUGGGACAGUGCCAAUCUUAAUUCACAAAGUGAUGGCCACAUUCCAUUAUUUGAAGACGAUGGACAGAGCACACCAUUUCAAAAAUGCAAAAAGAGAGAUGAAUAGUGGACAUACUGCAGCAUUACAUUUUGAAAUUCGUAGAGAGAUCAGUGUAUUCAUGGAGCAUUUGGACCACAGUUUUCUUUCAUGUGCUAUUACUGUAAUCACUGCUUGCAUAGAAAUAAGGCAAAUUUUUCAUACAUUGAUGAAGCCGUGCCAAACUGCCAGGUGGAAUAUUUUUUCCACUGAAAAUCUUUAUAAAUCCAGGAUAAAUGUUUUAUUUGUUUUAACAAACUUGUAGUGUCAAAUACUGUUCAACAAAAUAGCAAAUGAAUCUAUGAUAUUCACUGA